UUCUAUAUAUAGUACAUAAAUAUGAUUUCCCUGUUAGGAGUGAAUGAGAACUGCUUGUGCAAUGAAACUGAGUGGAUAGAGGCAGAGUUUCCUCCUAAUCCAGGAGCUCAUAAAUCUAAAGCUGAAACCUCUGGCAUUGCUUGGAGUGGAAUGAAAGCAAGUUAUUCCAAGUUUCCACCAAGAUCCAAAUUCCCCAUGAUGUUUACAUCAACCUUUCGUGAAGUAGAACAUUUUUCCACCUUCAUUUUGAUUGCCUUUUCCCCACAUUCCAUCUCACCAAACACUGAGAGAACCUCCCCACCAAAGUGUGAAGCACAAUGCAUUCCCUCCUUCCCCAUGUGCAGAAGGCUAAAACCCAGAUGCAAUCAAAGAAUAUGGGAUUUUAUUCCCACACCUCUUAAGCUGUUAUCUCCAGUUUCUAGUUCAGUUGCCAUCCAGAUUUCAGUAUCAAAAUCAGGUUUCUUGUAAAAGCCAAUCCUUUUUCUUAUUUUGCAGUUCCCUUGAAUAAGCAGCAUGGCAACAAAAUCAGACUUUGCCCAGAAGCUGCUAACUGAUCUUCGCCUGAGGAAGGAAAGGAUGGCUGCCGCUCAAAGUUCGAGUCGACAGUCGGGGCAAACAUCUAGAGUUGUGCAUGGAAACCCUGGCCGGACAUCCAGAGGUGCCCGUCAAAUAAAUGCAGUAGAAUCUGCUGGUUCUCGAACAGGGAACACAAGCAGAAGGUCUAAUGGAGGCAGCAGAUCGAUCAACAUCAAAGAAUCUUCAAAUCAGAUUGUUCUCUAUGAAAGUGGGCAAAGCUCUAGACAAGUCAGAGAUCUCUCGAUGGCCAUAGCUUUUGCCUUUGAAAAUAGUGGAAAUCUCAGUAAAAUUGGUGUUUCCAGCACUAAUCCUCUGGUAAAUUUUUUCCAAAGAUUUGGUCCAAGAUCAUUGCACAGUCAGAAAAUGGAUUUGACCAGCUUCAACGAUCAUAGUCUUUCAUCCGGUCAGUUUCCUACCAUCUCUCACAUUCAUAUCAAUGAAAUAUCAAAAGGAGUUCAGAAGCUGAAUCAGAUUUUAAGAGCUUGCUCCGAUGGCCUUAACUUCGAUAGAAACUCAAUUGAAGUUGGGAAACAGUUGUUGAAAGGUGCCAUCGAUUUGGAAGAGUCCCUAAGAAUGCUCGUGAACUUGCAGGAAGCUUCAAAGUACGGGAAUGGGGCUCAGAAGAAAAGUCGUAUAAAGUUACUUGAAGAGGAUGAGGAUGAUCAAGAUGACAAUCAUAAAAUAGCUGACCAGUGGAAACUGGAUCGUCCUAGGUUUUCCUUUGAUAAAUCCUCAAGGAAUUCACGCGCUGUCCAAGGUGCAACCAGACUGAAACAACUGGCUUUAUCAUAUCCUGAUAAAAAUUCAGAACAACCUACUGGUAACUCAGAGAUGGUUCUGCAUAGAACGUCUACCAGCUAUGUCCAAGAUUUGAGUCUUUCUACACAAGUGAAGCUAAGUAGUAAAGCAAGUUCAUCACAGACUACACAAGAGAAGGGAAGAAUUUCAAAUGUCAUUGCUAAACUUAUGGGCCUUGACGAACCCCCACAAAAGGAAGAUUCCAUACGCAUGAAAAAUGAUGUAAAAGAGAAGGAAGGGAAACAAGUGAAAGUUUUGAGGAAAAGUAGUAAGUCAUCCGAAACUUUGAACAGAGAGAACAGGAAUGAAUCUGUGCUCAGCACUGACAAAAAGUCUAUUCAAACCAACAAUAUGCCACCAGUUAGGGAUUCCAAACUUAAGCUUAAAGUUGAAAAGAUCCAGGAAAACCCAGAUGGCAGCUCUAAAUUGGUAAACUCUGAGAGAAACCAACAGAGGAAAGAUUUGAAAAUACUAGGAGUUGGCGUGGAGGCAGUACCAGGCCCAAAACUAGCAACCACGAUGAUGAACAAACAACAAAACCAUGCCAUUGGUGAUCAAGUAAAUGGACUUCAAAUUUCCGAAGGUAGUGAGAAGAAACAAAAUCUCAAGAAGGAGAAAGAAAGCAAAAUCAUUGAGGGCGGAAGCAAAGUGCCAGUCUUGAAUACUGAGCUGCAGCAGAAGGCAGAAAACAGCAAAACACUCAAAGCUGAAGAGAAAAAACAUAAUAGGAUUGAGUACAAGGUAAGCUCAAAUUCAACAGAAAAGAGGAAUGCAGAUAAAGCCCUCCUGAGAAGUCAACAAAAGCCCCAGGAUCAACACCUUCAAGAAAGGGUGAUUAGAAGAACUGAACAUUCAGAAGACAAGCGUCAGGCAGAUCAGAAAGACCAGCAGAUUCAGAAACAAAAUAUGAUGGCCAAAAACCACGAGGGGCAGCAAGUGGAAUCUGGAGUUGCUUCAAUAUCCAAUAAAAGCACAGCCAUCAAUUUGCAGAAAAAGUUUUCACGUGAGAAAUCAGCACCUCGUAAUGCGAGAUCAGCGAAAACCAUUGAAAAAGUUCCCAUGAAAGAUCCGACAAACGGAAGAAAUCCAAAUGUUGCUUCCAUGAUUGAUAUCUCUAACAAGACUGCAUCAAAUCAGGAACAUUACAAGAAAGAAGACCAAAGCCAUUAUUCAUCUCCAAGAGAACCACUACCUGAUAUAGAAAAGGAAAGCAGCAAUCCGGAGCUCACAAAAGAGAAGCGAAUUGAGGUCUCAGCCACACAGAAGAAGGCAAUUCCUCGGGAAGUUCAGAGAAAUGAGAUUCCUCGGAAGAUAGACAUGCUGAUGACUAGAAGAAAUGCAACUGCGAAUCACUUGACAAGACCAAUGAAACAGCCGGCUAACAUGCUGAAAGAUUUGAAACAACAGAUGCACAUAAAAAACCGUAGCUCUAAACAAAUGGAAGAAGAAAGUGACAGUCAGGUCAAGGAAGGAAAAACAGGUAUAAGGAUCCAUAAUGCAUCAGAAAUGACAACUGAACCAGUGAGGCAAGAAGACAAGUUACAAAAUGAAGCUGACCAGAUGAUCAUAUUAAACAAUUCAGUAGCAGAUGAAUGCCAAGUACAGAACAUACAGAUCGUAUCUACUCUGAAUGACGAUUGUGACUCUACAAUCUUAAAUCCUGGAAAAUUUUCUGACGAUCUCCAGACAGUGGAACAACCUUAUGCUCUUAAGGAUGAAAACAAACUCAAACAAUGUGAUCAAAGCAUAGGAGACAACGAAGAAAGUACAGAACCAUACAAUCUUUCCCAACACAACUACAAGCAAUGUCCUGCAUCGGUAAUACAAGAACUACUGACAGAACCUGAAAAAGACCUCAAGGAGAUAAUAAUAAAAAGUCAGUUGUUCCUGAGUACAGCAGAGGCACUUUUCAAGCUCAAUAUACCUGUCAGCUUUCUUCAUGUGGGUGAUCAUGAUUAUGAAGUUGCGGAGAAGAAGCUCGUCUUGGACACUGCAUAUGAAGUAAUGAAAAGAAAAGCAAGGAGAUAUGAGGUUACAUAUCAUCCCUACACAAAAACCAACAUAAGUUGCACCAAGAUAAGGUCUUUAGACAAUUUAGUCAAGCAACUGUGCAAAGACUUGGAAAUUCUGAAGUUCUAUGGUGGGCAUGGGAAUGAUGUAGCAGCUGGCCUAUAUGAAAUGCUCAACAAAGACAUUUAUAACAAGGGUCCAGAUGUGAACAACAUGUGGGAUUUUGAAUGGAGCAACAUGAUGUCCGUGUUCCCUGAAAAAGAAGACGUCAUAAGAGAAGUCGAGAGACACAUGAUCAAUGGAUUGCUCGACGAGAUAACCAAUGAUCUCGUACUUAUUACUGUUUCAGUUUGAUUAUCUGAGCCGAAUUGAUUUACUUCAAUUCCCAGAUUCUGAGUUAGUCUUCAAUCAAAAAAUAAUGUUUUGCAAAUACAUUCAGAUGUACACCAUCUUUUUUUCUG